AUGGACCCUGAGUAUCAGAACCAUAACGUCGUUAGUCUCGAGUCGCCGGAAAACGACAUUCCUGACAUAAAAGGAGACGAGAUGCAUGGAAUAAAAUCACUUGCUUCUCAAAUCGGUCCAGAACGGAUGUUUUGGAGUUGCAUUUGGCUUCUUGGAAUGGCUUAUGGUGUCUCUAUUUUUGUUGGCGCAACCUCGUCCUCUACGUGGAGUAGAUACGCGACGAUAUUGGGACAUCUUGCAACGGUUUUGGCACUUUGGACACGAGCGAAAUCAGUAGAUAUGAAGAACAUGGCGUCCAUAUCAUCGAUGUACUUAUUUCUCUGGAAGCUCUUCUAUGUUGAGUACUUGCUUCUUCCCAUCGUUAGAUGAAUCACAAGACGAAUUAAUGAAAUCCAUAAUUCUUUUGCGACGAAACUUCGUUGUAACUCAUAUUCGUUUCAACAGUUGUAACUCGCAUACAGCUUCUCCUUGUAUUGCCGAUAGAAUCUCCUCAA